GGAUGCUCCGGGUGAGGAGGCCGCUGUGACAUUUUGGGGGUUGAUGAGUGAAAACCAAUGGUUGACAGGAUAACUGAGGACAUUGCUUACACUAGAGGGAAUCUGGGGAACAUUAGUUGGGAAGGAAUCAGAAUUGAGUUAAAGACUGGAUUGAGAAACGUUGAGGUUCGCAUGGGAGCGACCUGCAGUUGAGGGUUCGGGUUGGAGUGAUGUGAAGUCUUAGUUCUUGACAUCCCCAGGACCCACCUCCCUUUUCAUGCUAUUUUUGUCUUGUGUUUGUGUCUGAAUGACUUAGUGCCUGUUUUGGGUGACUUUACUUUUACCAACCAGAAGAGAACCUCAAAGGAUAAGGACUGUUCUAGCCCUCCUAAGGAUUUACUAAGUAACUUUGAGGCAAAUCACUAAACUGUCUAAUUUUUUUCCGUUGGAAAUGUAGGUUUGAUCCCUCUCUGCUUCUAGAAGAUUGUGUUAACCAAAUGGAAUCUUUAAAGUGAUUGCAAAGAAGUGAUCCCUGAAAAUUAGAUUGAGAUAUUUAUAUUAGAAGACAUCUUUCCCAGUUUCUUCCUCUCAGCCUCGCGCAUUUUGUGUGUGUGUGCGCGCGCGCGCGCGCACGCGCCAGGGAAGAGUUGGUUUUGAUUUGAUGCAUGUCCAAUUUUUAAACUUUUCUCAACGUCAACUUUUAGUAGCCAAAAUUUUCAUAUUGCUGUGUUACAUUGUAUUGGCUGUCAUCAAGACGAGAUGUGGAAGUUAGAAUUGGGAAUGAAUGUGGUCGGUUGAUGGAGAAUGCGGGAGAAUGCAGUAUUUUAUUUUCUGGCCACCAGAGGAUGACUCUUGAGAAUUCACUGAAAAAUAGUGUUUUAGACAGGUGAGCCUUUUGCUUUGGUCCAGUCACUUUGGCCCUUUUUGCCAGUUGUUGGGGACCAGUGUGCUUGUGGACAAUUUUAGCUUCUUUAUUCUUAACUUUUAACAUCUUGACUGUUCUAGCUUUUUCUUUGGGCAUAAUGCUCUAUAAACACUUUGCCCAUAGGUGAACGUGUUUAGCUUAGAGUGUUCCUGAAAGUCUUGGCAUUUCUUAAGUCUGACGUGGAUUUGCUUAACUCUCACACUUGAUAUCAGAGUAGUGUUUACCUUAGUUGGUACUGAUUAGUUAGGUGAUGUCAGCGCAAAGGUGAAAUACAGGGGAAAGUGGAAGGUGUUGAGAACUGUGGAGUUUUCUGGUUUUAUUGAUGGCUUUUAAGAAGGGAAAAGACGAUUCCUGUUUCUUUUGAAGAGAAGAUUGUUGGAUGUUCUUUCUUGAGUUCUUGGGCCCUUCGACUGGGAGAGCAACCUGGUGGACUUGCAUCUGUGUCCUAUUGCUCUGAAGUAAUUCUGAAAAUUAUGGGCUGCUGGUUCAGGCUGUUUCAGCAACCCAACCCCAGGAAGAACUGCAGGUAUGAAGUGUAUACAGACAGUCCCUGAAUUACCGUGGUUCGACUUAAGAUUUUUCAACUUCACAAUGGUGUGUAAGCGAUAUGCGUUCAGUGGAAGCUGUACUUCGAAUUUUUAAUUUUGAUCUUUUCCUGGGCUAUCAAUAUUUGGCACCAUACUCUCUUGUGAUGCUGAGCAGAGGCAGACAGCUGCAGCUCCCAGUCAGCCACACCAACCGAUACACUUACAACCAUUGUGUGUCCAUACAACCAUUCUGUUUUUCACUUUCAUGACAGUAUUCAAUAAAUGACAUGAGAUAUUCAGCACUUUAUUAUAAAAUAGGCUUUGUGUGAGCUGGUUUUGCCCAACUGUAGGCUAAUGUAAGUGUUCUGAGCCCAUUUAAGGUAGGCUAGGCUAAACUAUGAUCGAUAUUUUCAAUUUACAAUAGGUUUAUCAGGAUAUAACCCAUCUGUACACUUAUUUGGGGGUGAAAACUUGCUUAAUGUUUUGCUGUCAUUUCAACCUACAGUGUGUCUUUGUGGUUUGUUUUUAAGAAUGUUUGGACAUAAGUUGUGGAGGAUCAGAGCUCUGGGCAGACUUUUGGUGUAGCCUGCUUCAUUCACACAGUGGUUUUGCAUUUUUUUCUAUCCCGUCAUGUGUUUCCAUUGCUCUGCUGGAGCCAGUCCCAAGUGGAAAAUGGCAAAUUGCACACUUUUUUCCUCCUUUUUAGUUUCUGGUGGACAUCUUGUCUGUGUCACAGUUUGAUACUACCAAAUUGAAAGGGUUUUUGACUGCUUCAAAUGGGGAGGGUGACAGAAGCUGAGUCGGGUUUCCUGGGCCAGAGAAUGGACUCUGUCAAAGCAAAGAAUAGUUGCAGAAACACAAACUGGGACCUUGAAGCUGUGACUAACAUUUUGGCAACAUGCUUCCCUUUGCCAAAUAACUUCUUUUCUUCUUGCGUGUGAUUGUUGAUCUCCUUCUCAAAGUAGGCUCUUGUUGCUACUGUUCUUCGUACAGCUCCCGAGCAGAAGUUGGCAGAGUUCCGGUUGACUGUCUCUUGAGGGAUGUGGCCCAGAUUAGAGUAGAUGGGGUGUUCCGUGUCGAAGUGAGGUUCAUUGGCAGAUCCUGAGAGCUGCUCUGCAAGGAAAUGGAGGUAUAUGAGUGACCUUAAGCUGCAGAUUAAAACGGAAAGAGAGCAGUGCCAACUGCAAACAGGGCAAGGAUGCCAAUUCCUCCUCCCCCUCCACCACCCCCCGGUCCUCCUCCACCUCCCACUUUUAAUCAGGCCAACACUGAGCUGCCCAAGCUGAGUAGAGAUGAGCACCGGGGUCGAGGUGCUCUCUUACAGGACAUCUGCAAAGGGACCAGGCUGAAGAAGGUGACCAACAUUAAUGAUCGGAGUGCUCCCAUUCUCGAGAAACCCAAAGGAAGCAGUGGUGGUUAUGGCUCCGGAGCAGCGGCCCUGCAGCCCAAGGGAGGUCUCUUCCAAGGAGGAGUGCCAAAGCUCCGCCCCGUGGGAGCCAAGGACGGCUCAGAGAACCCGGCUGGUAAGCCAGCCCUACAAGUCCCCAGUUCUCGAGCUGCUGCCCCAAGGCCUCCAGGGUCUACAGCCAGUGGGCGCCCUCAAGAUGAUACAGACAGCAACCGAGCCUCACUCCCAGAACUGCCCCGGAUGCAGAGACCCUCGUUACCGGACCUGUCUCGGCCAAAUACCACCAGCAGUACAGGCAUGAAGCACAGCUCCUCCGCCCCUCCUCCACCUCCCCCGGGGCGGCGUGCCAACGCCCCCCCUACACCUCUGCCUGUGCACAGCAACAAAGCCGCAGCCUACAACAGAGAGAAACCCCUGCCGCCCACACCUGGACAGAGGCUUCACCCUGGUCGAGAGGGACCUCCUGCUCCACCCCCAGUCAAGCCGCCUCCUUCCCCUGUGAAUGUCAGAACGGGACCAAGUGGCCAGUCUCUGGCCCCUCCUCCACCGCCUUACCGCCAGCCUCCUGGGGUCCCCAAUGGACCCUCCAGUCCCACUAAUGAGUCAGCCCCUGAGCUGCCACAGAGACACAAUUCUUUGCAUAGGAAGACACCAGGGCCUGUCAGAGGCCUAGCGCCUCCUCCACCCACCUCAGCCUCCCCGUCUUUACAGAGUAAUAGGCCACCUCCCCCAGCCCGAGACCCUCCCAGUCGGGGAGCAGCUCCUCCACCUCCGCCACCCAUGAUCCGAAAUGGUGCCAGGGAUGCUCCGCCUCCGCCACCGCCGUACCGAAUGCAUGGGUCAGAACCGCCGAGCCGGGGAAAGCCCCCACCUCCGCCCUCGAGGACGCCAGCUGGGCCACCCCCCCCUCCUCCACCACCCCUGAGGAAUGGCCACAGAGAUUCUAUUACCACUGUCCGAUCUUUCUUGGAUGAUUUUGAGUCAAAGUAUUCUUUCCAUCCAGUAGAAGACUUUCCUGCUCCAGAAGAAUAUAAACACUUUCAGAGAAUAUAUCCCAGCAAAACAAACCGAGCUGCCCGUGGAGCCCCACCUCUGCCACCCAUUCUCAGGUGAAGCCUGGCUUGGUCCUGUUCCUCAGGAAAAGGAUGGACCCUCUCCUCUUCUCAGAUGGUCCCUGCCAUUCCCCUGAAACCUGCAUGACAGCUCCUAAUGUGUUUCUCCAGUGCAACCAACCUCUAGAC